AUGCCGCCAAAUGUGGACUUGUCAAGGUUUCCCAUUGCUGGAAAUUGGUACUGGAAGCUACUGCAGCCACCUAGUGACAAAGUAGACUCAAGCAGUAGCACUGGCACAGUGCCAAAGAACUAUCAGCAUGUCUUAUCCUUGGUGUUUGCUGUGAAUGAGAUAAAUGAAAACCCCAAGAUUUUAUCCAACAUCACCUUGGGGUUCCAGAUAUAUGACAGCUACUUUAGUGCAAAGAUGACUUAUAAGAAUAUGUUGAACCUCAUCUCUCGCCAUAAGAAAACUGUCCCCAACUACAAGUGUGGCAUUCAGAAGAACCUGAUAGCUGUCAUUGGGGGCCUCGAGUCUGAAACAUCUCUCUAUAUGGCAACCAUCUUAACACUCUACAAGAUUCCACAGGUCACCUAUUCUUUAUUUUCUGAAGCAGUGGGUGAAAAAAAGCAUCUUUCUUCCUUAUACCAGAUGACGCCCAAUGAAGCAGAUCAAUACAAUGGGAUUGUCCGACUUCUUCUGUAUUUCCAAUGGGUAUGGGUUGGGAUCUUUGUCACAGCUGACAACAAAGGAGAAAUGUUUGUGAAGACAUUGGCACCCCUGCUUUUCCUGAAUGAAAUCUGUGCAGCCAUCAUCGAAAGAAUGCCAAAUGCCAGUAAAUUUUUCAAUGUGUUUGCGAUGGUAGAGAAGUAUCAGGUUAUGGCCAUUUCCCUGAGCAAAACCAAUGUCAAUGUGUUUGUUGUAAAUGCAGACACUUCCACCAUGAAGUGUUUGCAGUGGUUGCUGAUAGCGGCUACAAUGUCUGAUGUGGGGGCAAUAAACAAGGUCUGGGUUCUCACUGCCCUUUUUGAUUUCUCAUCAGAAACAUUUCAAAGAGAUCUAGAUAUACAAAACUUCCAUGGUGCCUUAUCUUUGGCCAUUCAUUCCCAUGAGGUUGACGGGUUCCACCCUUUCCUCUUGAACCUGAAUCCCCAUUCUGAGGCUGAUGGCUUUAUCAGCUUCUUCUGGCAACAGGCAUUUGAUUGCCAGUUUCUAGAUGUGGAGACAGAGGAGGAAUCCUGCACUGGUGAGGAGAAGCUGGAGAGCCUUCCUGGGGCUCUUUUUGAAAUGCAAAUGACCAGCCAAAACUACAGCAUCUACAAUGCCCUUCAGCAUUUCCUGAGGAAUAUCUUGUUUAACAACAGUGUUGGGGACACUGUCUUUUUUAAUGAGAAACGUGAGCUAGAAGGUGGUUUUGAUAUUAUCAACUGGUUGACUUUCCGCAAUAAGUCCUUCUUAAGAGUGAAAGUCGGGAAAAUGGAUCCCCAAGCUCCACUGGGCCGAGAUUUCUUCAUCAAUGAGAAGAUCAUUAGAUGGCACCACAGUUUUAACCAGGUUGUACCCCUUGCCCUGUGUAAUGACCACUGCCAACCAGGUUACAGCAGACAAAGGAAAGAGGGGGAGCCGUUUUGUUGCUAUGAUUGUGCUCCAUGUCCAGAAGGGAAGAUUACAAACCAGACAGAUAUGAAUGAUUGCUUCCACUGCCAAGAAGAUCAGUAUCCUAACAAGGAGCGAAAUCAGUGCCUUCCAAAAGAUGAAAACUUUCUUUCUUAUGAAGAACCUUUAGGCAUCAGCUUGGCUCUUUUGGCUCUGGCUCUUUCUGCAACUACAGCAUUGGUGUUUGGAAUCUUCAUCAAACAUCAAAACUCUCCCAUUGUCAAAGCCAACAACCGGAAUCUCACCUACACCCUGCUCAUCUCCCUCCUGCUCUGCUUCCUCUGCUCCUUGCUAUUCAUAGGGCGCCCCCAGUUGCUGACCUGCAAUCUACGACAAACUGCCUUUGGUAUCAUCUUCUCAGUGGCUGUUUCUUCUGUUUUGGCUAAAACCCUCACUGUGGUUCUGGCUUUCUUGGCCACCAAACCAGGAUCCAAGAUGAGGAAAUGGGUGGGGACAAGAUUUUCCACCUCUAUUAUUCUAGGCUGCUCAAUUAUCCAGGCAAGUAUUUGUAUGCUAUGGCUCUGUACUGACCCUCCUUUCCCAGAUUUGGACAUGCACUCUCUGCCUGAAGAAGUCAUAGUGGAAUGCAAUGAAGGCUCAGCCAACAUGUUCUACUAUGUUCUUGGUUACAUGGGAUUGCUGGCUCUUGUCAGCUUCGUUGUGGCCUUCUUUGCUCGGAAGCUUCCAGACACUUUUAAUGAAGCCAAAUUUAUCACUUUCAGCAUGUUGGUGUUUUGCAGUGUGUGGCUUUCUUUUGUUCCAACCUACGUAAGCAGCAAAGGGAAAUACAUGGUGGCUGUGGAGAUCUUCUCCAUCUUGGCCUCUAGUGCUGGGAUUCUGGUUUGUAUCUUCUCCCCAAAAUGUUAUAUCAUUGUCCUCAGGCCUGAACUCAACAAAAAAGAGCAGCUGAAGAUGAAACAUUAGUAAAAACAGCUGCAAGUCUGGUGGACGUUUCUCAUGCCUAUUGUGUGUUCCAGUUUGUUCUAAUUAGAAUGGUGUGGCCACCAUCCAAAAUGUAAGAAUGCCAUUUAAAAACAAAGUAGAAACAACAAUCAG